AUGGCUCUUAAGAGACAUUUACCGCUUGGUGAUAUAGAACAAAUGGUUGGAAUGCUGUUGGCCGGACAGACUCAACGUCACGUUGAACGUCAGUUUAACGUGAGCCAUUUUGUGGUCGGCCGUGUGUGGCAGAGGUACCUGGAUAUUGGCUCUGUUGUUGAACUAGCAGGAAGAGGUCGUCCGAGGAAAACAACGGACCGUGAUGACCGUUAUAUUGUUAAUAUGGCUAAACGUUGGAGGUUCGAAUCCGCUAAAACGUUGAAUGCAAACUUUCGUGUGGCAUCUGGGAUUCGAAUCAGUGAACAAACUGUAAGAAACAGACUUCACGCUGCCAAUAUUCGUACUCGGAGGCCAGCUGUCCGUCCUCCAUUGAAACCAGGCCAAAGGAGGUUAAGGUGGGCUUUUUCUCAAGACCACCAUAACAUUCCACUAGUUAGACUCCGGUCAGUCCUGUUUACUGAUGAGUCGAAGUUUCGUGUUGCCUUCCAUGACGGCAGGAGACGUGUGUGGCGGCAGAAAAAUGAGCGUUUCAAGGACUGUUGCAUCCAGGAACACGAUAGGUUCGGCUGCCCGUCAGAACUUGUUUGGGGUGGGGUCUCCUAUGAUGGUUCUACUGACUUGUACGUCAUCCAAAACGGUUCUUUGACCGGUGUUCGCUAUCGAGAUGAGAUCCUUGAUGCAUGUGUGCGACCUUAUGGAGUGAUCGAUGGGACCCAUAUUGGAAUUAACGCUCCUUAUGAACAUGAAGAAGUGUUUGUGAACAGAAAGGGUGUUCAUAGCAUAAUUGUUCAAGAAGUGUUCGAUCCUUUACAUAGAAUUAUAGAUGUAGUUGUGAGAUGGCCAGGAUCCGUCCAUGAUAGCAGGGUGCUCCGUGAAAGCGGUUUAUUUGACUUGUUUGAAGGGGGGCAUGCAAAUGGAUACUACUUGUUGGGAGAUAGUGGAUAUCCAGCUAAGAGAUGGCUGCUAACCCCCUACCUGGCACCACAGAAUGCAACAGUAGAAGGCUACAACCGAAGUCACAAAAUCACACGAGCUCUUGUUGAGAGAUCUAUUGGACAACUUAAGAAAAGGUUUGGUGUUCUCCAUGGAGAAAUAAAUUUGGAGCCACACAAAGUUUGCAAGGUGAUUGUAGCAUGUUGUGUUCUGCACAACAUCUGCAAAGAGAGAGCAAUCCCUAUUAACGGCGAUGAUGAUUCUGAUGACGGGAUGAUAAUGCAGAUGAUCAACUGGCACAGUGAGUGCGGCAACCUCCAAAUGUGGCGGGAAAUAAAUUCAGGGAUCAUGUUGCAGCAACAUAUUUCAGGCCAUGAUUUCCAUGCAGGUGCUGCAGUGACUGCAGCCGUUGUUGUUAGUGUUGUUGCUGCUACUACUUCCAGAACAGUUGACAAUGUAACUUGUGGAAAUAUCCUGUACCAGCUGUAGUGGCUCCUCGUAGUCAGACAUUAAGAAAUAAGAAAAUAUUUACACUCAGAGAAAGCCUAUGGUGUAAUAAUGUUUGACUUAUGUUUGUUAUUAAAUAAUGUAUUUAAUGAAAUUCAUAUGUCAGAAUUAUGUAUACAAUUUGUUUUCUUACUCAAUGGUAUGCGAAGGCUGUGAAGGUGUCUCCACUGCACUGCAAUUCGAAUUGAAAGCAAUUAAAAGCAAUUUAAAAGUGAUACAAGUGUUUUAAAUACAAUUCAUUCAAUUCAAUUUUAAACAGUCUGUAGAUAAAAGAAUGGUUUACAUUUAGUAAAUUAAAUACCUUUGCAUUUGAAGUAUUGUGCUGUCUAGCCCACUGCCUAAUCCUACAAUGUUGGGUGAAUUUUCCCCAACAACUGCCAUAACUCGUUCUGUCACCUCAGACAGUUUCACAGGAUUUGUUCCAGAACCUGAAUAAUAAUGGUGUAACAACUCCAUUAAAUUGAUCAUCUGCAAUUAUUUAGCUUGUAGCUAUAUUUACAUAAUAAUCGCUUGUACCAAAAGAUUAAUCUAAUUUUGAAUAUUCACAGAAGUGUUGAGUUGUUAAAAACAAUUGUUUGUUAAAACUGCACCUACAUAUAUGUGUGUGA